GACACGUGAUUUGCCGCGAGCAGGGGGUGAGAGGUCAGGCGGCCAUCUUGAGCUGGGCCAUAGGGGGAGAAAAAAAAAAAAAAAGGAGUAGGGGGGUUGCCCCCAAAAAAUAAACAACGACCCGCCGGAGCGUCAUGGCGUCAUUCUCCGAGCCGGCCCUGGAGAAGAAGCUGUCGGAGCUGAGUAACUCGCAGCAGAGCGUGCAGACCCUGUCCCUGUGGCUGAUCCAUCACCGGAAACACGCGGGGCCCAUAGUCGGUGUCUGGCAGCGGGAGCUGAAGAGAGCCAAGUCAAGCCGAAAGCUGACGUUCCUCUAUCUGGCCAACGAUGUCAUCCAGAACAGUAAGCGCAAGGGACCGGAGUUCACGCGCGAAUUCGAGAAGGUUCUGCUCGACGCCUUCACUCACGUGUCCAGCGAGGCGGACGAGGGCUGCCGGAAGCCCCUGGAGAGGUUGUUACACAUCUGGCAGGAGCGCGGCGUCUACACGGCUGACUUCAUCCAGCAGAUCCGACUGGCCCUCGAUGGAGAGGACAGCCCCAGGGAACCUCCAGUGGUUGAGGAGAAGGUGACGUUGAAGCGCAGUUUCCAGCAGGUCCAAGAGGAGGAAGAUGAUUAUCCUGGAAGUUACUCCCCCAGGGACCCUACGGCAGGGCCUCUCCUGGCAGACGAUCUCAUUAAAGCUCUGCAGGAUCUGGAGAACGCCGCUUCUGGUGACGCUGCUGUUAGGCAGAAAAUUGCAUCUCUUCCUCAAGAAGUCCAGGAUGUGUCCUUACUGGAAAAGAUCACAGAUAAGGAGGCAGCCGAGCGUCUUUCCAAGACAGUAGAUGAGGCCUGUCUCCUGCUGGCAGAGUACAAUGGGCGGCUGGCGGCAGAACUAGAUGAUCGAAGGCAGCUGGCGCGGAUGCUAAUGGAAUACACACAGAACCAAAAAGAGGCUCUGAGCAACAAGGAGAAGAAGCUGGAGGAAUACAAGCAGAAGCUAGCCCGGGUGACGCAGGUACGGAAGGAGCUGAAGUCCCACAUACAGAGUCUACCCGACCUCUCGCUGCUUCCCAAUGUCACAGGCGGACUGGCGCCUCUUCCCUCCGCCGGCGAUCUCUUCUCCACCGAUUAGGACCGCCCUCCUAUUUUGGGGCACUCCUUUUGUCCACCCAAGUCUUCAGUAGUCACCAGCAUAGGAGAAGGAGCGGAGAGCCUCGUGGUUCAGAGAGACUGGAACGUUGGUUCUUCACAAUGAAAUGUCUUGGCUGAGCAGUGUAUUGUGCAGGCAGCCUAGUCCCCCUCCUGAUAGACAGCGCCGAGAUCACAGAUGCAGGGGGUCAUCAUCUCCCCCCAUGAUGAUGAUUUAUGUUUUUGUUUUCCCCCCCCCCCCCCCCUUUUUUAAUAGACUUGUUUACGGAGAGUGUGCACAGAUUACGCUUCUUUGUCAGCUUUCUCUGGCAGCUUUAUAUCUUUCUUGUUUCAUUGGAAAGACUUGGGGAAUGAGUUUGUGUUCUUCAGGUACCACGGUCGGCCAUUCUGUAACUUGCUGCAGGACGGGAGGAAUACACAAUAUAGUGUGUGUCAUUUCAGAAGCCAUUGUGUCCUAAUAAUUGUGUGGAAAGUGUGUAUUGCUAACAUUGUUGAGGCAAAAUAUGCAGAUGUGGGCCUUUUCUUUCCUGUUACAGAGAAUCUGUCAGCUGGUUCACCACACUAAACCUAAUACACUGGGUUAUAGUGCGGAUAAAGAGCUGUAAAAUGGGGGGUCACAUGCUUAUUUUUGUUGCGUUCUUGCAAAGUUAUGGAUCUCUAUGAAGUUAAUCCUAAUGCGCCCCAGAGUGCAAUGGAGGCGGGGAGCCGGUGUGUCCAGCUCCCCUGCCUCCUCAAUAGUCUGUCCACUGGCAUGCCCCCAUCUUGACUAUUACGAAUCUUCACUCCCACGUCAUGUUUUUAGCCCGGAGAACAUCUGCUCUUGAACUUAGGUACAUUGGGGGUAGACUCAUCUGUAACCUCGCCACACCAGACUUCAGAGUGUAACGAGGCAUCGGCACCGCCCUCUCAGAGCAGAGCGCUCACCUUCCCCCGCCGGCUCUCACAUCCCAGUGAUGUGGGACUGAAGAUUCCAAUUAUUUAAGACUGGGGCAGGCCAGAGGGCGGAAUAUGGAGGAGGCAAAGGGAGCUGGGGCAACCGGCUCCUCGCCUCCGUUGCGCUCUGGAACGCAUUAUGAUUAACUUCAUUAAGUGACCCGUCAUUUUGCAGCUCUUUACCUGCUCUAUAACCUAGUGUACUGGGCUUAGUGCAGGUUAAAGGGGUACUCCGGUGGAAAACUUUUUUUUUUUUUUUUUUAAAUCAAC